AUGAGAAGAUGUGAGUUGGAAGAAAUCAGACUCCAAGCAAGAUCGUUCACGUGGUAUCAAGGGCAGUGUAAAUCUAAAUUAGACAGAUUUUUUGUAAAUGAGGAGUGGCUGUCUAUUUGGACUCACACGAAGGCGAGAGGGCUUCAAAGGUCGGUUUCAGACCACUGCCCAAUCCUUUUGGAAACAAAAAGGGUGGACUGGGGACCGAAACCAUUUAGGUUCCUCAAUGUUUGGACAACGCAUCAGGACUUUGAAGCAGUGGUUAAAAACUCCUGGCAACGAAGAGGCAUUUCAGGAUGGAGUAGCUUUGUCUUCAAAGAGAAAAUCAAAAGACUUAAAGAAGAUUUAAAGGGGUGGAGCAGAUCGGGUUUUGGGAUUGUGGAAGAGAAUGUUUCAAAAUUGAAGGAGGUUAUCUCCAAGUGGGACUCCAUUGAUGAAGUGUUCGGGUUGGACGAGGAAGAGACUAUCUUGAGAAGUGAAGCGGAAGCAAAUCUGCACAUUCAGAUACAGCAUCGGGACAGCAUCCUUGCCCAAAGAGCACGUAACAGAUGGUUAAAAGAUGGGGAUUUGAACAGCAGCCUCUUCCAUAAGGCUAUUAAUGGUAGAAGAGCCAAGAAUGAAAUAUCGGGUCUUAAUGUGGAUGGAGUUUGGAUCGAGGAGCCAGUCGAAGUGAAAAGAAUUGUCAAGGAACAUUUCCAAGCACAAUUCAAGACGAGGCACAGAGCUUGUCUGAGGCUGCCGGCUGUUUUUGUUAACCGAAAAAUCUCAGAUUCAACAAGAGAGUGGUUAGACAGACCUUUUUCCGAAGAAGAGGUCAAGGAGGCGGUGUGGAACUAG